AUGCGGGGACAAAAGGUAAAGCAUCCACCUUCUAGAGCACGGGAGUGCCGUGGUAGAAGAUAUCGCCUAGCGAAGGGGACAGAUUUCUUCAAAGAAGGAACUUGCCUUGACCAACUUGGCGAAUUUAUCAAAGUCUCUACCUAUCGCUUGGUUGAUCAUUGGUUAAAGCGCCACCACCCAGACUAUCGUGAUAUCACUAUUUCCCAACCGAACCUGUUGGCUCUUCCUGUCGACGGUGACGUGUCUGACCAGGUGCUGAAUAUCGAGGAAUCUGAGGAGAUGAGGGACGAAGAACCGGGAAGGAAAGGAUAUUCCAGGGCUUGUGGGGAAGAGGAGGAACGGGGUAUUGAUGGGGACAUUCCCGGCCCGUCUCAACAAACCGUAGUCCCUAACCUCGACAUUCGCCAGACCGAAGCAGAACUUUUGAAAGAGGCUUUUAACACGAGGAAACUGCCUAUCGCUCAAGCACCUGAUAUUAGGCAAACCCCCAUCGAUGAGUUGGGUAGGAAACACCGCCUAUUCGCCAUGUGUUUCCCUACUUUGUUUCCGUAUGGCACUGCCGAUUGGCAUCAAGGCAGGAUGCGCAAUGUCUCUUUGGCUGAUUGGGCAACGCUCAAUGCAAACCCUUACACAAAGAAAACGAAAUCAAAAUCAAUGGAAUAA